GCCACUUAAUUUCGUUAAAGUGGCAAUCAAGUUGUGGUUGAAAUAUCUUAGCGCUAUGGCGAGAUCCUCAAGUAUUCGUCCUCUAAUAAUUAUUAAAACAGUAUUCGUUUUAUUGUACACGUAUGGUGUGCUAUUCACUUCAACGGAAGCUUGUGAUGGAUACAAAAUAAAAAUUAACAAAUUGGAACCUUGCGCUGGUAAUAUAUUUAAGCUUACAAACCCAAAAGUCGAUCUAACGAAAGCCUGCCGCGCCGUUAUAACUGGGUGCAUGGAUGUGAAAGGGUUUUCAAGCUGCAAGGUUACAUAUGACAUUAAGAAGAAAGGAAUGAUGGUCCCAUUUAAAGGCGAAAAAGAUGCUUGCGAAGAAAUUGCAAAAGCAACCAAAGAAUCAGAUACAGCUUCAAGGUUGAAGAAGUACAAUAUUUCUCCAAAUUGUCCAAUUAAGAGUGUCAAUGCAUGUUCUAAAGAAGGUGAGUCGCUGGAUUUAAGCCCUUAUAAGGACAAGUUUCGGCUUGCUGCCGGUCAGUACACGGGCACCAUCGGAUUUGACUGUGACAGCGGUAAGAGCUGCUUCAAGUUCGACGUGGAAUUUAAACGUGGCAAAUAGACCAGUAGUCUAAUGAAACAGUCUCCUCCACAAAACAUCGUCUCUUUUUUAACAUGCAAUUGUUAGUUUUAGUUAAAGCAAUUGAAUGCUAUAGACUGCCUGUUGUAGCUAGAAUUUUGUGCACGAAUCUCCAGAAACGUUUGCUCACAAUACAGAGACAAAGCUAUUUCUUCGAACGAAACUUCAGAAAAAAUUGUCGCAUGAAAAAGAUCUCCUUUAUCCAAAAUUUGAUUUAUUGUUAAAUGUGUUAUAUUACAUACAAAAUGUAUUAAUUUACUGUAAAAAAGUAAGAUUAAAUAUAUCUUCUACGACAUUUAUUACUGUUUCUUUGAGGAUAUUUGCAUUUUAAUAUGAUUAUUUCAUAAAUGCAUAUUACAAAUUACUGAGUCGUUCUUAAAAAUAAAUCAGAUUACAACACACAAGUUAAAAAUCCUACGUCCUCAUUUCACGAUUUCUGAAAAUAAAACUGUGAAAUUUAAA